GGCAACUCAGCAACUUUUCCUCUGGACAGGUUUGGAUAAAUCUCCCCCAAUGUGCGUACGUAUUAUCCAGUUGUCAGACACUGUCCACUUGAUAGGGGAUAUGUUUUAAUAAGUGUCUGAUCGUGGGACGUCUGACCACUGGGACUCCGGGGUUCUCCGGAAAGGCGCCCUUCUCUGCCCGCUGAGUGCUCUGGCCACCACCUUUUAGAAACGUACUAGUUUCUCAGUGACGGCCCGCUCAGCCAGUCACCGGCCGCAAUGUGACGUCACGUAGGCUGCGGUACGCCCACCCGGCCCUGAGCUCAUAUAUAUGAGGCCAAUACUCCCUGACAAGUGUGCGGCAGACGGCACACUGAUCGGCCCCCUGCCACUGGGGAGCACGGGGAAUUAACCGGACGACUGGGACAUAUAACAGGAGCCUCUACAGGACAUCUAGGAUAUAACCAUGUCUCAGGCUGUUCAAACCAACGGUGCUCAACCACUGAGCAAGACCUGGGAGCUCAGCCUGUAUGAGCUGCAGAGGACACCACAGGAAGCAAUUACAGACGGCCUGGAGAUUGUGGUGUCCCCAAGAAGCCUCCACAGCGAACUCAUGUGUCCCAUCUGCCUGGACAUGCUGAAGAACACUAUGACGACUAAGGAAUGUCUGCACCGCUUCUGUGCCGACUGCAUCAUAACCGCUCUCAGGAGUGGAAAUAAAGAAUGUCCGACAUGUCGUAAAAAACUGGUGUCCAAGAGAUCUCUACGGCCAGACCCAAACUUUGAUGCCCUGAUCAGUAAAAUCUACCCAAGCCGGGAUGAAUAUGAAGCUCAUCAGGAGAGAGUCUUGGCGAGGAUCAGCAAACACAACAAUCAGCAGGCGCUGAGCCAUAGUAUUGAGGAGGGGCUAAAAAUACAAGCGAUGAACAGGUUACAGAGAGGUAAAAAGCAGCAGGUGGAAAAUGGGAGCGGGGCAGAAGACAACGCCGACAGUUCCCACUGCAGUAACGCUUCUGUACACAGCAACCAGGAAGCGGGGCCCAGCAACAAGAGGACCAAGACCUCCGACGACUCGGGACUGGAGCUGGACACGAACGCCGAGGCGGUCACUAUGGAUCCUGCACUGGAUGGAUCCAGCGAGAUCGAGUUGGUGUUCCGGCCCCACCCUACCCUGAUGGAGAAGGAUGACAAUGCUCAGACUCGGUUCAUAAAGACCUCUGGAAAUGCCACAGUCGAUCAUUUGUCAAAGUACCUGGCAGUCAGGUUGGCCCUUGAAGAAUUUCGAAGCAAAGGAGAGACAAACCAAAUGAGUCUGAACGCCGCCAGUGAAAAACAGUACACCAUAUAUAUCGCGACAGCCAAUGGGCAAUUUACGGUGCUAAAUGGUUCAUUUUCCUUGGAACUUGUCAGUGAAAAGUACUGGAAGGUGAAUAAACCGAUGGAACUGUACUACGCACCAACUAAGGAGCACAAAUAGUGGUGGACUCCCUCAGACCGGUGCUCUUCUUUACCUUGAAGGUUUCUACUAUAUGGACUUUGCACUCGCGAAGCAACAGACCGCCCCCCCCACCCCCACCAACCUGAAAAAAGACAUUUGUCACCUUAUUUACAAGGACAAUUCUGUGACAGUGUUCACGACUCUCAGAGGAGUAAAGGGACUUCUUUGGCGAAAGGACCACGUUUAUCUAAGGAUUCCUCUCAUUAUUUGUAUUUAUUUAUUUAGUAAAAUGUUGGUAACUGUGUACGAGCUGUACGGACACAAACGUAGCAUUGGCAAAAGGAAGAUGCGCCUGGUGUAAAGUAGCAAUUUUAUCUUAGUGGAGCGGAACAAAUGUAUCACGUGGGCACAUACACUACAUUACCUACCCAUCAUGGUGGAUUUUACAUUCUGUUUCUAUAGAACACAUGUACAGUUUUACAUUCAUCACAAUGAUGGUGUCAGACAAGGCUUGUGUUACAUCUUGAAGGGAUUGCCCCAUAUAACAAAAAAUUAUUCUAAAUUAAUACGUUAUGUGAAAUUAAACUUAUUUCAAAUGUACAAUCAUUUUGAAAAAUUUCCUGUAUGAGAGAAAGAAGGUUUCUGAUUCCCCCCCCCCCCCCAUGUGCCUGCAUUGUAUUGAUAACUUGUCCUUGGUUAUGACCCACUAAGGUUGUCGCACAUACUCAGUUCAACUGCCAAUGCUUUUAGGAGACUGCAAUUGGUCUCCACUUUGCAUAUAAGCAAGGGGGAUUGUGGGAAACUGAAUAGUGACCAUGCUGUGGCCAUUAGUAGAGCACACAGUAAGGGAAUCAUUUAAAGGGGUAUUCCGGAUUUAUACAUCGUAUCCCCUAGCCAAAGGAUAGGGGAUAAGAUGUAUGAUCGAAGGGGUCCUGCCGCUGAGCACCCCCACGAUCUUUGUGGAGCCCCUGGAAUUCUGUGUUGGGCGCUGCCUCCCGAGAUGGGACGUGCUGCCACGCCCCCGCCCAUAGACAUGAAUGGAGGGGGCAAGACCGUGACAUCAUUCCCCCCUCUUGAAUGCAGCACCCAGCGCAGAAUGCCGGGGGCUUCACAGAGAUCGUGGGGGUCCCCAGCGGCAGGACCCCUGCGAUCAUAUGUUAUCCCCUAUCCUUUGAAUAGGGGAUAAGAUGUAUAAACCCAGAAUACCCCUUUUAACCUAUAAACUGCACAUUUAUUUAUCCUCCUCCACAUAUGUGUCUGAUUUUACCAAUUUCGUGGGACGACCCCUUUAAUGGUUAACACAGGGAACCGCUGUUACAUCUCCUUUCUGUGCCAAGUGUUUUUGAAGUUCCUGUGGGCAUGUGAAUAUUCGACAUUAUACUAUUAAGAAGGUUUUGAGAAAUCGAUUGUAUCUAGCCUGAAAAAGUUAGUAUUCUGUAUAUAUCCAUUGUAAAUAAAGCUACUUUGAGUUGG